GUGACGGCAGGAAGACGGUUCUCCUCAAGUCCAAGUGUUCCUCCGAGGUGCUCAACCUCCUUGCCAAUAAGGCAUGCCAGUGCUAUGUGGCCCUCGGCGAUUGGUCCUCGGUGCAGGAGUGGCAGGCCAGCGUGCACGCCCUCAAGAAGAACCCUGGUAACCCUGCCGCAGCGAGCGUGCACCUGAAGACAGACUUCAACUACGUACGGGCACUGAGCUGCUUCGAGGACGGAGACUUCCCAGAAUGCCGUGCUCAGCUGGAGCUCCUGGCGGGGAGAGACGACUACGGCCUGCUCAACUCCACCUCUACUGGCUCCAAGGACAAACUAGACUUGAAGCGUCUCCUCCCGGCAGUGUUGAGUCCGGACCCCUCAGAACUACAGAAGGCCAUUGAGGUGCAGCUGCUGCGGAGCGCUGUGGCUGCCAUGACAACGGCCAAUCACGAGCAUGAACAGAAGGCCAUGCCCACCUCGGAAACCCUGAUCCGUUACCUGAAGCAGACGGGUCGUAUCUCUCUGGGUCCCCUCCGCCUUUCCACCCUCACCCUCUCUGACGGCCUGCCCACUCUGGCCACCCUGCAGCUAUACUGUUGCUCUGCCCUGGAGAACACACUGAGCGGACAGGAGGACUGUCUGAUCCCCCUGUACAGUGAAGCUCUCAGCACCUGUAAACAACAGGACGUCCAGCCGUGGCUCCACGCACUGAGAUACACCAUCUACCAGAGACAGCUACUGCUCAGGCUGAAAGGCUCCUCUGCUCCACUGGAUGGCCACCUGAUGGAACUAUGUCUGACGGCCGUCAAGUUCGCCCGGAAACAGGGGAACAUCGCCCUGGCAACGCGUCUGCUGGGCCAGUGCAGCGAGGAAGAGGAAGAGGAGGAGGAGGGGUUGAGCCGUGCAUUCAGGCGUCUGUCACUAGCGGGUGCUGUGGGGGAGAAGUGGGGACCUGAACUACAGAUCGAGAAGGCUAAAGUCCUCUGCACCGCGGGUCAGUCCCUGGCAGCCAUGGAGAUGUUGAGUUCCUGUGCUCUGUCUUUCUGUCGCUCAGGGAAAUGUGAGCGAGCCGCCUGUCGCUCCGUCCUCACUCUGUGUAAGUGGCUGCUGGCGGACUGGAAGGACAUGACCCCUCAGCUCAAACAGGUGGUGAAGAGGUCAGGGGUCAUGACCCCAGGGGUCGCCGCUUUGCCCCCCAUCAGCCGGAACAUCACAGCCCUGCUGGAGCUACCCCUAGAGGACCAGGGCAUGCCCCGAAUCACAGCUGAGACCACAGUGAGUGUGGGUGUUGGAGAACCAGACUUGGUCCUGGGGCAGCUCUACCAGUUGUCCACCAGUCAGGCUCCGGAGGUGGCCAAGUCCUGGGCGGCUCUCGCCAGCUGGGCCUAUCGUUGGGGACGGAAGGUGGUCGACAACGCCAGUCAAGGUGAAGGUGUGCCCUUGCUCCCGGGAGAGAAGAAGGAGAUCGAGGAGCUUCUCCCAGAAUGCACCAGUGAGGAGGACAAGGAGAACAUCUUCAGCAUCCUGGGUCAGGCCAUGUGUCGACCUGCUGGAAUACAGGAUGAGGACAUGGCCCUGCAGCAGGAGGAUGAGGAGGAGGAUGACAUGGUGGAUGUGAUCUGGAGACAGCUGCUGUCUGCCUGUCCCUGGCUGGAGGAGCAGGGGGAGGUGGAGGGGGUCCAGGGUGGGGGUAGUGGGGUGAUGGAGGGUCUGAUCCGGGUCUGGAGGAGGGUGGUGGACAGGAUCUUCAGUCUCUACAGGGUCUCCUGCGGUGCCUACUUCACCUUCCUCAAACUCAACGCUGGACAGGUUCCCAUCGAUGAGGAUGACCCCAAGCUGCUGCUGACCAAUCAGAACAGCAAGCAGAGUAACGACGAUAUCAUCGUCAUGGCGACGCUGCGGUUGCUACGGCUGCUGGUGAAGCACGCCGGGGAGCUGAGGGAGGGGCUUGAGCUUGGGCUCGCCUCAACCCCCACCGCCCCCUGGAGAGGCAUCAUCCCCCAGCUGUUCUCUCGUCUGAACCAUCCAGAGGCUUACAUCAGACAGAGUAUCUGUAGUCUGCUGUGUCGCGUUGCCCAGGACUCACCACACCUCAUCCUGUACCCUGCUAUAGUCGGAUCACUGUCUCUGGGAGGAGAGGCCCAGCAUGCAGGAAACAAGCUCCCGUCGGCCCUGCCCACCUUCCUGGGCAGCAUGCAGGGGGAGGGGCUGUGUGAGGAAGGGGAGGGGACACUGGGCAGUAACCCCGCCUCCCAGGAGGAAGAUGGGCGGGGUGAGGAGUUUCCUGCGCUGUGUUCCAGCCAGGACCAGGCCAUGAUGCAUGACUGCUACAGCAAGAUAGUGGACAAGCUGUCUGCAGCCAACCCCACUAUGGUGUUACAGGUCCAGAUGCUAGUUGGAGAGCUGCGGCGCGUGACCCUGCUGUGGGAUGAGCUGUGGCUGGGCGUCCUGCAGCAGCAACACAUGCACGUCCUGCGCAGGAUUCAGCAGCUGGAGGACGAGGUCAAGAGAGUGCAGAACAACAACACACUACGCAAGGAGGAGAAGGUGGCCAUCAUGUGUGAGAAGCACUCCGCUCUGAUGCGUCCCGUGGUGUUCGCUCUGGACCACGUGAGGAGCAUCACCACGACGCCCGCCGAGACCCCCCACGAGACCUGGUUCCAGCAGACCUACGGGGACGCCAUCACCUCGGCCCUGGAGAGACUGAAGAGCCCUCACAACCCGGCCAACCCGGCCAGCAGCUGGGUCCCGUUCAAACAGAUCAUGCUGAGUCUCCAGCAGAGGGCUCAGAAGAGGACCAGCUAUCUGCUGCGUCUGGACCACAUCAGCCCCCGCCUGGCUGCCAUGGCGACCACUGAGAUGGCGUUGCCGGGCGAGGUGUCGGCAACGGACGCGUUGACCAUCCAAAGUGUUGGUAACACCAUCACCAUCCUGCCGACCAAAACCAAGCCCAAGAAACUACACUUCCUGGGCUCCGACGGACGCAACUACCCUUACCUCUUCAAAGGUCUGGAGGACCUCCACCUAGAUGAGCGAAUCAUGCAGUUCCUUUCUAUAGUCAACACCAUGUUCACCAAGGUGAACCAGCAGGAGCGCCCUCACUUCCACGCCCGCCACUACUCCGUCACCCCGCUGGGGACGCGCUCAGGACUCAUCCAAUGGGUGGACGGCGCCACGCCGCUGUUCGGCCUCUACAAGCGCUGGCAGCAGAGAGAGGCCGUGCUGCAGGCUCAGAAGGCCCAGGAUUCGUUCCAGCAGCAGCCCCAGCCCCUCCCUCUGGUUCCACGACCCAGUGAGCUCUACUACAGCAAGAUAGGCCCCGCCCUGAAGGGGGUGGGGCUCAGCCUGGAUGUUUCGCGGCGGGAUUGGCCGCUCAGCGUGAUGAGGGAUGUGCUUAAGGAGCUGAUGGCGUCCACGCCCCCUAACCUGCUGGCCAAAGAGCUGUGGUGCUCCUGUACCACGUCUAGCGAGUGGUGGAGGGUCACACAGUCCUACGCCAGGUCCACUGCUGUGAUGUCUAUGGUAGGCUACAUCAUUGGCCUCGGCGACCGUCACCUUGACAACGUGCUGAUUGACAUGACGACGGGAGAGGUGGUACACAUCGACUACAACGUCUGCUUCGAGAAAGGGAAGAGCCUGCGUGUGCCAGAGAAAGUGCCGUUCCGUAUGACCCACAACAUAGAGACGGCCCUGGGAGUCACUGGGGUGGAGGGCAUCUUCAGACUGUCCUGUGAACAGGUGGUCCAGAUGAUGCGUCGUGGGCGGGAGACGCUGCUGACCCUGCUGGAGGCGUUUGUGUACGACCCUCUGGUGGACUGGACGGCCGGGGGGGAGGUGGGCUUCGCCGGGGCCGUGUACGGAGGGGGGGGGCAGCAGGCGGAGAACAAGCAGAGCAAGAGGGAGAUGGAGAGAGACAUCACACGCUCCCUCUUCUCCUCCCGCGUGGCUGAGAUCAAGGUGAACUGGUUUAAGAACCGUGAGGAGAUGUUGGGGGUCCUGCCCCAGGUGGAGGGGGCAGUGGACGAGUACCUCACCCUGCAGAAGCUGCUCUCUCAGGGGGAAAAGAUGACCACCAAGAUCCUGGAGGAGAUGAGCUUCCUGGAGGGGGCUGAGAGCUGCUCAGACCACCUCAUACUCACCCUGGAACACAGGUACUCUGAGCACACCCAGCUAGCAUCUCGUCAGCGUACGGUCCAGGAGUUGAUCCAGGGGAAGCAGGGUGACCUGGACCAGUGGAUGUCCCAGUACCAAGCAGCCUUCAGCAGCCUGGAGGCCACACAGCUGGCCAGUCUACUGCAGGACAUCAGCAGUCACAUAGACCUGGGUCCUCCCAGCUACGUCCCGGCCACAGCCUUCCUGCAGAACGCAGGCCAGGCCCACCUAAUCAGCCAGUGCGAGGGCCUGGAGGCUGAGUUGGGCUCCCUGCUGCAGCAGCGCCGUGGGGCCCUGCGAGGCUGUCUGGAGCAGCUGCACAGCUAUGCCACUGUGGCCCUGCUGUACCCGCGGGCCGUGCUGCUGCGCCACAGGGCCCACCUCUGGAAACAGUGGCUGGAAGAGCUGCUCUGUGACAUGACUGUUGACCACUGCCAGCAGAUCUCCAGACAGUAUGAGGUCCAGUUUGCCCCCCAGCCUCCCCUUGCGUCGUGCCAGUUCCUGCCAGCGUUUGAGCUGGCCCUGCAGCACCAGGCGUCAGAGACCAACACGCGUGUCCUGCUCCAGGCGGAGCGUGUCAAGGCCGAGGGAGCCACGGUCCACGCGUGUGAAGAACAGCUGCAGGAGAUUGAGCGUUGCAUCAGUGUGUUCCUCCUAGAGAACCCAGAGCAGGGCUCUCUCAGCCUGGCCGCCAUCAUCUCAUCAGCCCUCUGCACCCUCACCAGGCGUAACCUGGUGAUGGAAGGGGCGGCGGCGGCGGCAGGGGGGCAGCUGGUAGAGUUGACGUCUCGUGACGGGGCCUGGUUCCUGGAGGAGCUGUGUUCCAUGAGCGGUAAUAUCACCUCAUUGGUCCAGCUGCUGGGGCAGUGUCAGCUCCUCCCACACGACCUGGACCUGCCCUCGCCGCAGGAGACCGCCCAGACCGUCUACCUGGCCAACGCCGUCUACACCUGUCUACAGGAGCUGAACACUAACUUCCGUCAGAUCAUCUUCCCGGAGGCUCUACGCUGCAUGUUGAAGGGCGAGGCCACCCUGGAGACCAUGCUGUCGGAGCUGGACCUUUUAGUGGAGCAGUGUGCAGACGGGGUCUCCCUGCAGGGGCUGGCCGACGCCCUGCACACACACCUCCGCAGCGCCGCCAUGGGCCUGGAGCACGAGGCGGACACACAGUGUCUCCACAUCACCAGGAUGUUGCGGGCCCAGUACUGCCAGCUGAUGCAGCCUCCAGGGGCCAGUAUGGAUGCCGUGGGACAGGACUCUCCUAAGAUGUCCGCCGGUCAGAUGCUGCUGGUGGCCUUCGAUGGCAUGUUUGCUCAGCUAGAGACCGCCUUCGGGCAGCUCACAGAGAAGAUGAUUUCCAUGGAGGUACCGCCGGCGUGGAGGAAGGUGGAUGUGAUGCGUGAGGCGCGGGCGGCCCAGGUCCAUUUCUUCCACAGCGGUCCUCACAGACAUGUUCUGGAGGAGAUCUUCUUCCUCAAGAGACUCCAAACCAUCAGGGAGUUUUUCAGGCUCUGUGGAUCCUUCGCUCAGACACUCUCUGGUACGUGCCCCCCAGUGUCUGAGGACCCUCCUCCCUCCAACGGCCCAGUAGUGGGUCUGGGGGGUGUAGGUCUACCAGGGAAGCCCCUGUUCCGGGGGGCGGCGGCGGCGGUGGUAGUGAGCGAGGAGCAGAUGACCCGGCCCAUCAAGGCGUUCACAGCAGAGUUUGUCCGUCAGAUGCUGAUUGGUCUUCCCACCCAGACCCUGGGUCUGUCUCUCUGCAGCACUCUGUCUGCCCUGGGUCUGGAUCUUACCGCGCAGGUGGAGGCCAAGGACUUUGGAGCCGACGGCAAGGUGUCGCUGGAUGAGUUGUGUAAGCAAACAGUGGUGCAGGGUCUGGGCGCAGGCCGUAUGUCUCAGCUGCUACUGAACAGAGGCACGGUGCUGGCGUCCUCCUACGACACGGCCUGGAAGAAACUGGACCUGCUCAGACGCCUGGAGACCAGCCUGGACGCUGCCAAGGUCUCCCUGCAACGCACCCAGCUACACAUCACCAUGUUCCAGUGGCAGCAUGAGGACGUGCUCGGACCUAGGACCCAGCCGAUGAGUGUGAGUCCUCCUCCUCGCUCCAUCAUCCUCAGUAGUAUGAAGAAGAAGCUUUACAAACUCAGCCAGGAUGAGGCGGCCAUCGCUGCUGUACAGGAGAAGCUGGCAUCACUAGAGGGCAGUAUAGAGCAGCGUCUGAAGUGGGCCGGAGGGGCCAACCCUGCCCUGGCCCCGGUGCUCCAGGACUUUGAUCUGACCAUCGCAGAGCGCCGCGCCCUCGUGGCCCGGGAGAGCCAGCGUACCAGCCAGGUGACGUUCCUGUGUAGUACCAUACUGAACUUUGAGGGCCUGCGGAUGCGGACCCCUGAGGCCCUGAGCAUGGACUCUGCUCUGUUUGAGCUGCUGAAGAGGUGCCAGCAGACCUGCUCCUACGCUGCCCAGUUCAACACCUCCGUCUCCUCCAUAGAGCUACAGCUGCUGCACAGACUGAGCCCGGCGUUGGAGCUGCCCAUCGGCAGCCCUGAUUGGCUAGCUUGUGCCCAGAAGCAGCUGGACCAGGAGCUGGCUACCCAGGGUGCUGUGCAAGAGGAGCGUGAGCAGCAGCUGGAUGUCGCCACGGAAUCACUGCAGCUAUUGGUGGACAGCAUCAAGGGCAUCCUGUCCAAUCACAACCGCCAGCUGGCUGAUGUCAAACACCUUCUGAGGGCCAUGGCCAAGGACGAGGAGAACGCGCUGGCGGAGGGUGAGGAAGUGACCUACGAGGGCAGCGUGCGCCAGUUCCUGUUGGAGUACAAGGCGUGGCAGGACAACGUGCAGAUCGUGCUGUUCACUGUUGUCCAGGCAACGGGCCAGCCCCGAGGCGGAGGAGCCAGUCAGGAGGGGGUGGAGCUACUGCAGGAGAUACCUGCUACCCUGAAGGAGCUACACACACAGAGCACCAGUGUGUAUAACGGCCUGGUUGGCUUUGCGUCUCCGUUGGUGACAGAGAGGGGUGGAGACUGUUCCAGCCCCACCUCUACAGCUCAGACCAGCUUCGCUGCAGCGGUGAGGUGCAGCGGUGUGAAGACUCAGACAGACUCAAUGUCCCAGAAUUCACGCAAGCUCCUCCCCCGUAACCUUGGCACCCCGGCGGACACCCCCCCCAGCGCUCAGACGAUGACCACCAAGGGUCUAAAUCCCAGCCCCAAACGGGCUGUACGCGACCCCAAGACGGGACGAGCUGUCCAGGAGAGGAACUCGUACGCGGUGAGCGUGUGGAAGAGGGUGAAAGCCAAGCUGGAGGGGAGAGACGUGGACCCCAGCAGGAGGAUGAGUGUCACUGAGCAGGUGGACUGUGUGAUAAAGGAGGCCACCAAUGUGGACAACCUGUCCCAGCUGUACGAGGGCUGGACAGCCUGGGUGUGAAUGGGGUCUCCCUGUGGUGCAUCUCUUUGGUUCCAGCACACAACAGAGCCUCGCAGAGGGAGGGUUAGCCAUCCAACCCAACCUCCAGACCAGACACCCGGAUACGUACAUACCCUGUUACCCACCUGCCCUGUUCUGGCAGGGUUAGGGUUAGGUGUGUCUGUCUGGGCCUGGGGGGUGAAGGAAGGAGAGGAGGAGCCACUGGAGCAGCAGCACCCAACCGUGCCACACGCUGAUGGGGAAGGAGGAGGAGAGGGGGGGGUUCAAGAUACUCCCUCCACCCCGAUAUAACCUCCUAGGGGUCCACCAUGGAACCCCUACUCCCGUACCGUAGCAGCACUAGAGCUGUCUGUCUGCCUGGCUGAUUGGCUGGCUAAACCCAGUCCCACCCAACCUGCCACCUGGCUAUAGACCAAGCUAACACAACCAGCUAAAGGGUCACUCUGCAGUCUGUCUGCAGCCAGAUCUGACCACUCUGCUUGUCUGUACGGGUGGGGGGAUCUGUCUGAGACAGGAAGGGGAGCAGAGGUAUUGGUAGGGAAGGUAUGGUGAUAAGGCCCUCCCCCUCUACACUAUGUUUUGAAUAACCUUUACCCUCCCCUAAUGAAAACCACCACCCUCCACUCACUGUUACCACCGACGUCAACCCCCCCCUUUAACAGCUGAGCUGGUUUACCCAGCAAUGCCGUUGGGUUUGGACCUCAUUCAAAGGGGCGGAGAAAGGGGAGGCUUUGCCAGGUGUGGUCUGAAGAGCUGAUUGGCUGCACCUGUUUUGAAACCAAUCUCCCUGAUGGUACAGUGAUUCUGAUUGGCCAGCGACUGAGCUGCGUGAGUUGUGACUGGGCAGGUGUGGAGUGGGGGGAGGGAAGAAUCUGUUGGCUCAGUGGGACUCCAUUCAAAGCCUGAGAGGGGAAAUGAUUUCAGGAAAUAAAAUAGUGUAAUCAGACUGUCUUUCUUUCUUUCUUCUUCUUCUCUAAAACAUUUAUUGUAAAACUGAAGAAAAAACAUACUUAUUUUACAAAGCUCUUUAGAAAUUGUGUAUCACACAAGUUUGACAUUAUAAAUGGAUUAUCAAAUGGAGAUGGGUUUUUUUUGGGGGGGGGAGAAGAUUCACAGUCGUGUCUCUUUUUAUUCAUAUGUUUCGGCACUGCGUAACGAUGUGCCUCAAGUUAACUAAUCCUAUUGUCUGAAGUUACCUUUUAUUUUUUUUGGAGGGGAGUUAAGAUUUCGGGAUUGACUGAGAAAGGAUGACAACGUGGGCAAAGUUCUAGCUAGUUACUAUCUGAACCCUUGGUCUACAUCCUAAACAGCACCAUAUCCCCUAUACAGUGCACUACUUUUGACCAGAGACAUAUAUGGGUCAAAGGUCGUGCCCUAAAUAGGGAAUAGGAUGCCAUUUGGAAUGUAAGCCUUGACCUGAGAGAAAUCCAUGUAAUAAUCAUUUUUCUUCAAUGUGAAUCUUUAUUCAUAUCUGUUGUAUUUUGUAGGCUUCUCUCCUCCCUAUCCCUUGUUUAUAACAUAGAAAAGCUCUAGACUAGAUUGAUUCCUUUUUUUGACUUGCUGCCUUGCCUGCGAGUGAGUAGUAGUAGUAGUAGUAGUAGUAGUAGUAGUAGCCUUCCUUCCUGAUAUGGGAUGCAUACUCUCCCAGCUUGUGUUUUACUGAUCUUUACUGACUGACCCUCUAGUUUUACCUUUUUAGUGGGAGAAAUAAGUAGAAUAGAUAAGUAAAGGAGUAGAUAAGUAAAGGAGUAGAUAAGUAAAGGAGUAGAUAAGUAAAGGAGUAGAUAAGUAAAGGAGUAGAUAAGUAAAGGAGUAGAUAAGUAAAGGAGUAGAUAAGUAAAGGAGUAGAUAAGUAAAGGAGUAGAUAAGUAAAGGAGUAGAUAAGUAAAGGAGUAGAUAAGUAAAGGAGUAGUGGGUGUUUUUUGAUGAUAGUGCAAAACUGCUAUUUCUUAAAGGUUUUAUUGGAUUUAGUUUGAAAUAAAAUUGCAUUUAAAAUGGU